UUUGCAGGGACCGUCUCUCCGCCGGACAGAGGCAGAAAGAUGUCCGCGCUGCUGCUGCUGCUGCUCGGCCUGCUCUCCCUCUUCUUCUUCUUCUGUCUCCUCCGCGGCAGAAACAGAAGGGACGGUGAACCUCCGCUCAUUAAAGGCUGGAUUCCUUUCAUUGGAAAGGCUCUGGAGUUUGGACAAGAUGCCCACAAGUUUCUGGAAAAACACAAGAGGAAGUAUGGAGACGUUUUCACAGUUCACUUAGCAGGUAAAUACAUGACGUUCAUCAUGGACCCGUUACUGUAUCCGAGCAUCAUCAAACACGGCCGCCAGCUGGACUUCCACGAGUUCGCCGCCAAGGUGGCGCCCGUCACCUUCGGCUACCCGUUCGUGGUCCCGGCCCUGCAGGAGCAGAUCCACCGCUCCUUCAAACUGCUGCAGGGAGACAACCUGUCCACGCUGACAGAGAGCAUGAUGGGUAACCUCAUGCUGGUGUUGCGCCAGGAUCACAUGGGCGGCGAGCGCGGCGGCGGCUGGCGCAGCGCGAGCAUGUACGACUUCUGCAACUCGGUGAUGUUCGAGGCUACCUUCCUCACCAUGUACGGCCGGCCGGCGGGCGCCAGCCGCCACAGCGGCAUGAGCGCGCUGCGGGACGACUUCGUCCGCUUCGACAACAUGUUCCCGCUGCUCAUCGCCGGGAUCCCCGUCUGGUUGCUGGGACGCACCAAGGCCGUCCGCGACAAGCUGAUUGGCUACUUCCUGCCGCACAGGAUGUCGUGUUGGUCCAACACGUCGGAGUUCAUCAGGACGCGCUCGGGGCUGUUUGAGCAGUACGACGCGCUGAGAGACGUCGAUAAAGCAGCGCAUCACUUUGCCAUCCUGUGGGCGUCCGUGGGGAACACCAUCCCGGCCACCUUCUGGGCCGUCUACUACCUGGUGAGCCACCCGGCGGCGCUGCAGCGCGUCCGCCAGGAGAUCCACGACCUCCUGAGGCUAGACGGGGUCGAGUUCAGCAGCGACGCGGACCUGGCCCUCGACAGGGAGCAGCUGGAGAAGCUUGUUUAUCUCGAGAGCGCCAUCAACGAGAGUCUCCGUCUGUCCUCGGCCUCCAUGAACAUCCGCGUAGCUCAGGAGGACUUCAGUCUGCGGCUGGACGCCGAGCGCUCGCUGGGGGUCAGGAAGGGAGACUUCAUCGCCCUGUACCCCCAGAGUAUGCACCUGGACCCCGACAUCUACGCCCAGCCGCAGUCGUUCCGAGUGGACCGCUACAUCCGGGACGGCCGACUGAAGACGGACUUCUACAAAGACGGACAGAAGCUCAAGUAUUACCUGAUGCCGUUCGGCUCCGGUUCCUCCAUGUGUCCCGGCCGAUACUUCGCCGUCAACGAGAUCAAACAGUUCCUGUGUCUGCUGCUGCUCUACUUCGAUCUGCAGCUGGAGGAGGAUCAGAGCCGAGCCACGCAGGACCUGAGCCGGGCCGGGCUGGGCGUCAUGCUGCCCGCCGCCGACGUUCGCUUCCGCUACAAACUGCGCACGGUCUGACUGCUGUGUGUGUGUCUGUCUGUCUGUCUGUCUGUCUGUCUGUGUGUGUGUGUGUGUGUAUGUGUGUGU